UUUCUCCCAAAGUAGCUAUGCGUUCGAAAACUAACUCAAAACCAAAAAGAGUGGUAUAUGGCCAAUAUAGACCAGAAGUGGCUAAACAUAAGCACAAUUUAGAAAUCGUCUUGCGUCAAUCAAAUGCGACGCCAAUACGCGGCCACAGCGACAUGGGCUAUGUGUGCUACUUCUGCCCGAUGGAGUUCCCGGACCCGGACGAUCUCAAGAGACAUACUUUAGAUUCACACAGAGAUUUAAAACAGGAUUCUUCGCAAAAACCCCUAAAACACGAUCACUUUUCGGUAAAAAUAGACAUAACCAACUUAACAUGUAAAGUUUGUUUCGCAAGCUACGACCAACUUACUGGCUUGAUGCAGCACUUGCGGGUGGACCAUGAUCAACCCAUUCACACCGAUGUCAAAGAUUACUUUUUACCUUUUCGAUUCGAUAGCGAUCCUUUAAAAUGUGCAUUGUGCGAAUCAGAAUUCACAGCUUUCAAAGUGUUACUAGAGCAUAUGAACAAACAUUACAGAAACCACAUUUGCGACAUUUGUGACGCAGGGUUCGUCACCCGAGCUAGCUUGCAGGCACACAAAAAAACUCAUAACAGUGGAGAUUACCAAUGCGGAUACUGUCACCAAGUCUACAACACUAUGAUGAAUUUGAGAUAUCAUAUUCGGUACGCGCACCGAGGCCAAGAUAAAAGGAACAAAUGUGCCUAUUGUGGCGAAAAAUUUUCGAGUUUUAAAAUGAAGAACAAUCAUUUAGUAAAAGAGCAUGGCGUGGCCCCCACAAUAGCCAAGUGCAAGUUGUGUAAUAAAACCUUCGGAAACUACAAGAACUUACAAAUACAUCAUAUGUCUUACCAUUUGAUGAAUCAGAACUAUAAAUGUACAGUUUGUAACAUGGAUUUUUCAAAAAGCGAAGGAUUAUCAAGGCAUAUGGUGAAACACACCGGUGCUCGUAAUUUCAAAUGUGAGAUUUGCCAGAAAGCGUACGGAAGGAAGUCUACGUUGAGGCAGCAUUUGAGGAUACAUAUCAAUGAUCGCAGGUACAAAUGCGACCAUUGCACGAUAGCUUUUGUUCAAAAAUGCAGCUUAAAAUCGCAUUUGUACUCGCAACACGGAAUCGAAAUGGAAAAAGUAACCGUAAAGUAGACGUAACAGUAAAUAGUUCUUAAAUGUUUAUUAUUUAAUCAUCUAUUACUGUGUCAAAAAUUAAACAACUAAGUUGGAAAAGUGUACUAUAAGUUGUUCAAUACACAAAAUUAUAUAUUGUUUUGUAGAUUGACUUUUUAUUAUCACCAAACUUUUAUCUUAUUUUGGCAUACAAACUCGACAUGGUAAAUAACAAAUAACAAUUGGUGUAAAGGCAUGCGAACUUUAGGCUCUAAGUUGUUCUAUUGGAAGAGAUGGUUGGAUUGUACAAUGUAGGUAUCUGGUUGAAGAAGACUCAGUGCCAUGCUUGCAUAUGGUGGCAGUCAACGUCAUAAGUUAUUAUAAAUUGAGCUCAUUGAGAUUCAUGCCAAUAAUGUAUGACAUUCAUGCUGUUAUCAUUUAACACUACAAUACCCGUUGGUCCAGAAGUGUAGGUGCUGAAGAAAGCCACUGCCGGAUGAAAUAUACUGUCAACGCCUAGUUUUAAGAAACAACCAAUUUAUAUUUAUAAUAAAAAAGCCUCAUUUCCCUUGCCAAUUUGAUAAGCCUAGCACGUCAUACUCUGGCAGCCACGGAGACUGGGUGUAUAUCUUAAUAACGUGGUUAUUACACAUACAUCUGUGACCUUUGCC